CGCACGGCACUAACUGCGUGUUUAAUAUGCUUGUCUCGCCCGACGUGUUGCCCCAGACAAUGUGUACCACAAAUCCCCACCUCCACUCCAAUGGGAGCUCGGCGGAGGAGGAAUAAAAAGGGUUAAGGGGAGUCUUGGAUAGAGUCUGCGGGGCGGAGUGGAAGCGACGUGAUUGGCCGGUCGCGCGUGACGCAGGGGACAUGAAAAAGCUGAUAACCAGUUAAGAAGGCAGUUUGUAACUCUGGAAAAAGAGUUGAGAGCUUGAGACACACGUUGCGCAGCACAGAUUUUUGAAGCGUCUUGGUCAGCGCGGAGACUGUCCGGGAGCAGAGUGACCAUGGUGCAGCACACGGACAACAGCGAGACGGACGGGAGCAUGUCACGAGUGGCCUCGGACUCGGAGGAGAGUGAAUUCAUGGCGUGCAGCCCGGUCCCGAUCAACCCGGACUGGUGCAAGACGGCGACCGGUCACAUCAAGAGACCCAUGAACGCCUUCAUGGUCUGGUCCAAGAUCGAGCGGAGAAAGAUCAUGGAGCAGUCGCCGGACAUGCACAACGCGGAGAUCUCCAAGCGCCUGGGCAAGCGGUGGAAGAUGCUGAAGGACAGCGAGAAGAUCCCGUUCAUCCGAGAAGCCGAGCGGCUGCGGCUAAAACACAUGGCCGACUACCCAGACUACAAGUACAGGCCGAAGAAAAAGCCAAAGCUGGACGGCUCCAAGUCCUCGGCGCCGUCGCCGGAGAAGUGCGCCAAGCUGGCCAAGACCCCCAGCAAGAAGUGCUCCAAGAUCAAGAGCAAGAGCGGCUCCAAGUCCACGCACUACCCGGACGACUGUGUGUUCCCCAGUUUGAAAGUGACCAAGGCGCUCAAGAGCGAGCUGACGGACGACGACGAGGACGACGACUACGAGGAGGACUACCGGAUGCGGAUUAAGGCGGGCGACGAGGAGCGCACGAGGCCGUACGGCGUCGCCAAAGUUCCCGCGAGCCCAACUUUGAGCUCGUCGGCCGAGUCCGAGGGCGCGAGCAUGUACGAAGAAGUGCGCAGCAGCAGCCGACUCUUUUACAAUAUCAAAAACAUUACGAAGCAGGGCGCUUUUCACGCCGCUUCGGUCUCACCAGCAUCCUCCAGGUCGGUCUCAACAUCCUCCUCCUCCUCCUCUUCCUCUUCCUCCUCUUCCUCCUCCUCCAGCAGCAGCUCGUCUUCGGGCGAGGACGCGGACGAUUUGCUGUUUGACUUUAGUUUGAAUUUCGCUCCCAGCGCCCCUGGCUCGGAGCUGGGGAACCCCAAUUCAGGAAACCUCUCGCUGUCGCUUGUGGAUAAGGACUUGGACUCGUUCAGCGAGGGCAGCCUGGGCUCUCACUUUGAAUUCCCAGACUAUUGCACGCCAGAACUCAGCGAGAUGAUCGCAGGGGACUGGCUGGAAGCCAACUUUUCUGACCUGGUCUUUACAUACUGACUUCCAAGAGACUUUUCCCGGGGAGAAAUAUCAGAUAAUAUAUGUGUCUUGGUCAAGUUUUCCCUUAGCCCUGUCUUCUCUGUGGAGGACCAGGAGGCAAGGUGAGAGGGUUGAGGAAUGAGAUGCUUACGAAGAUGGUAGCAAAAACAAACAAACAAACAAAAAAAACAACCUAACAACAGACGUUUUUUUCAGGCAGCAUGACAGGGUUUUAUGGAUUUUUCCCCUCGUAGGUCUGCAUUUAGUACCGUUCAGCAUAAACGGACCACAAAGGGAAGAAAACGUCUAUGCAUCUUUUCCUCUUAAAAUAAAACUGCAGGGAGAUGAAAACGAACUGUGGACUGACAAGUAAACACAAGAAAAAAAAAAAAUCUGUGAACUGACCAUUUGUUCAGGACUUUACAAUGUAAUUUCUUAAAUGCCGCAAAUGUUUGUUUUCCUUUUCUUAUUUUUUUUUUUUUAUAUAUAUAACUUGAUUCCGUUUACCUCCUCCUCGUUUUUUGGAAAAAGUUAAGCAGCCUAAAAAACCUCUGCAGAUUACAGGUGCAGAGGGAACAUUUUGAUACAUAACAGACCUCAUCUUUUUAAAAGACAAAGUAAGAUAUUUUCAGGCAUAUUUUUGUACAGUUCAACAGAAAAAGGGAAUGUUCUUACUGUGCUUUCAGUGAGUUUCAGGCACUUCUUCCCUUUAUCAUUUUCUUUUCAAGCAUGCAAGGGAGUCCUGGUUUUAAGGAUUAAGUUAAAUUUUAAACUUGCAUCAAAAAUGCCUUGUGAUUUUCAACUAGGUUUUUGUACAGUUGUAGAACAGAUUUGUUGAGUAUUUGUAGACAAUACAUUGGCAUCAUGGGGGAACACAUACCUCAGAGCUGGAACUAGUUUCAAGAUUGUAUAUGUACUGUAAUAUAGUAAAGUUAGGAGUUUAUGUAUAUCAUACUCGUGAUAUGUGGAUGGGUCCCGAUCGCAGGUGUGAAACUGGAUUUUGGUAUUUUUAUGGCACAUACUGUUUUUUCGCCCCUCUCAUUUUUUUGUGCAAUAUAUACUCUUAAGAUACAGACCAUCAACAAUUGUAGCAAGUGAUGGGAAAAACAGACUUGUGCACUGUCGACAUCAUUUCCUGUUAUGAUGCUGAAGCCUCUCCGGGCAGAAAAAAGAAUAAACAAAUCAGCUGGAACUGAUACAAAACGAUGGAAUAUGGCCUGUGGUGUGGUGCAUACAACAACAACAACAGAAAAAAAAAAAGGUUCUCAAAUUGAAUGUUAUUUGGACACAGAUAUUCGACACAAAUCUGACUGCAAAAUUUCAAGCAUAAGGGCAUGUAGUCUUACUCAGUGGUGGUCUGGCAUCAGCGUGAACAAACCAAGCAAAAAAGAAAGACAAAAAAGUACAUUCCAUAGUCCUGUUUCAUGAAAUGAAACUUUAUUUUGAAACUGAAAACUGCCUUCUUUUUUUAAGAAACAUUAACCAUAAACCUGUAUUUUUUAUUUCUUGCACUUAAAAAAAAAAAAGCAGAUAUUUUUAUUUUUUAUGUGGGUCACACACACGGAGUCUGUUUGAUAAUAGGAAUAUGACCUAAUUAUUUGCCGAGAUUUUUUUUUUGUGUUGGAUGUUCUGGGCAGUAGUUACUUCACAUUCCAAGUGUGAAUCUGUCUGCGACUCAUCUUUUAAUAAAUAAGUACCUACCACCA